GGACGCACGGGCAGAGAAAGCCACAAUAAAAGUAGAAGAAGCGGAGUGCGAAGGCGAUUGCCGGGAAGAUGCAAGAACUGAAGGCCGGGAGGCGGCCGCCGUGGGUGGGGCUGGCGGCGGCGGUAUGGGUGCUGGUGGCAGCGGGCAACGCCUACACCUUCCCCCUCUACUCACCCUCCUUAAAAUCCGUGCUGGGGUACAACCAGCAGCAGCUUACCAUGCUCGGCGUCGCCAACGACAUCGGCGAGAACUUCGGGCUGAUCGCUGGCUUCGCCAGCAGCCGUUUCCGGCCGUGGCUUGUGCUGUUUGCUGGCGCCGCCUGCUGCUUCCUCGGCUUCGGUGUCCUCUGGCUCACCGUCACCCAGACCGUCACCGGAUUGCCGUUUUGGACGUUGUGGAUUGCUUUAUGUAUUGGUACUAAUAGCAGUGCAUGGUUGGUCACGGGGGUGCUGGUAACCAACAUGCGGAACUUCCCUCUUAGUAGAGGCACUGUUUCUGGCAUUCUCAAAGGUUAUGUCGGUCUUAGUUUAUCAGUAUUCACUGCAUUGUACACUGGCAUGCUUCAUAGUUCAUCGACAAAUUUGUUGCUGUUUCUAGCCAUUGGCCUGCCAGCUAUAUGCCUUGCAAUGAUGUGCACUGUUCGGCCUUGCACACCAUCCCUAGAAGAAAACACAUCAGAACGUGGUCGCUUCCUGUUUAUUCAAAUUUCCAGCGUACUUCUUGGUCUUUACCUUCUCUCCUUUACAAUCACGAAUAGUUAUGUCUCACUGGGUGAUGGCAUUACCUGUUUGUUUUUUGGUAUCAUGGUGCUCUUCCUUCUAGCUCCCCUUGCCAUCCCACUUAAGAUGACCUUUUUUCCAGCUAAUAAUGAACAGACUGUUGCAAAAAUCCCUUCUAGUGGUUCUUUAGACGAUUUGUCCACAGGAGGUCAAGAUAAAACAGAACCUUUGAUUGCUACAUCGUCAGCAAAUAACCUGGGGAAUGUGCAGGAGUCUGAUGAUGUUUCUGAUGUGGAGAUGCUCUUAGCUGUUGGGGAAGGAGCAGUUAAGAAGAAGAGGAGACCCAAGAGGGGAGAUGAUUUUGAAUUACACGAAGCAUUGAUCAAAGCUGACUUCUGGCUCCUAUUCAUGGCCUUCUUUAUUGGAGCUGGCUCAGGUGUCACGGUUCUGAAUAACUUGGCACAGAUUGGGAUUGCAGUUGGAGUUGAUGACCCAACCAUCUUAUUGUGCCUUUUCAGUUUUGGCAAUUUUCUUGGUCGUCUCGGUGGAGGUGCUGUUUCCGAGUAUUUUGUCAGGACAAGAAUGCUUCCUCGGCCAAUUUGGAUGACAUGCACACAAAUAAUCAUGAUUUUAGCAUAUCUUCUCUAUGCUUUGGGGCUGAGUAGUACUCUAAAUGCAUCAACUGCAAUGCUUGGCAUCUGCUAUGGGGUCCAAACUUCUGUCAUGGUUCCAACGGUGUCCGAGCUGUUUGGUUUGAAGCAUUUCGGAACUCUCUUCAACUUUAUGUUGUUAGGGAAUCCUCUCGGUGCGUUCUUGUUCUCAGGUCUUCUUGCAGGGUCCUUGUAUGACAAAGAAGCCGCAAAGCAGCACCCUCCCUUCCUGGAUCAUUCAAGCACUUCUUGCUUGGGGCCAAGCUGCUUUAGGGUCACAUUCUUGACUCUUGCCGGGGUGUGUAGCCUGGGAACUUUGUUGAGCAUGAUUUUGACAAGGAGAAUUAGACCAGUGUAUCAAAUGCUGUAUGCAGGUGGGUCAUUUAGGCAGCCUCCAACUUCUAUACACUGAUAGCAGUUGAUCUCCGAUGCGGCAACGGCGAUGUGGUCUGUUUCGGCCCCUUCUUCUCUCUAAAAUGUCUGUCUUAUUUAUCGUCCGCUUGCAGACCUUAACGCUAUGUGCAGUCGUCGUCAAGCGCAUUUAUAGGUUUCUCGAGAAAUGUUUUUAUCACUAUUUUCUUUACAGUGUCACAGUAUUUUUUUUUUGUGGGUUUGUUAAGAAUUGCAGUCCUGAAAAUAAUAAUAUCAUCA